AUCGUUGACUAUUUGUUUGUUAUCUCUUGUCACUUUGCUAUUACCCCUGACAGCCGAUUGCCGAACACUUUGCUGGACAUCUCGCGACCAUGUCCCUCUCUGAAACUCUCCCGGUCAUUGACCUUGACGUCUUUCUUUCUCAGCCCGAGAACUCCGAGGCAGCCCAGCAAGAAUGCACUAAAGCUGCAAACGCACUCGUCACGUAUGGUGCUCUCCUCGUGCACGACUCACGAGUCUCUGAAGACGAUAACAACACUUUCCUCGACCUCCUCGAGGACUAUUUUAAUCAGCCUAUUGAUGCGCUCAAGCAGGACGAGCGCCCGGAACUUGGCUACCAGGUCGGCGUCACGCUUGAACAUACCGAGAAGCCCAAGUGUGCCGUCGACGAGCCAUGUCUGGACAUCAUCGCCAAUCUCGAUCCUGCAGAGCGUCCCCUUGAUAUUACGGGCCACCAACCCGAUCCAAAGUGCAGGUUCUUUUGGAAGAUGGGCAUACCCCCUCCAUACGACACCAAAUAUCCGUCUUUAAACGCGCCCAAUAUUGUACCUCAAGACGCGGACAUCAAUGCUCGGUGGGAACCGGUCAUGGAGACGUGGGGGAAAUCUAUGAAGGCAGCUGUGGAGAAUGUCGCAGAAAUGACUGCGAUAGGUCUCGGCCUACCUAGGAGCUCACUUAAGGACGCCGGAAAAUAUGGUCCUCAUCUUCUGGCACCUACCGCCUCCGAUCUGGUCAAAUUCGGCCAGAAAGACACCAUCCUUGCCGGUUUUCACACCGAUCUAAACUUCCUGACCAUUCACGGCCGUUCCCGCUUCCCCGGCUUACACAUCUGGGCACGCAACACCGGCAAACGCAUUCCAGUCAAGUUCCCUGCAACCGGCCGAUACCUGCUUGUCCAAGCGGGAAAGCAAAUAGAACAUCUUACCGGUGGCCUCAUCAAGGCUGGGUUCCAUGAAGUGGUCGUCAACGAGAAAACUGUUGAGACCAUCGAGAAACGCAAAAUCAGCCAUCCUGACCGUCCCCUCAUUCGCAUAUCGUCAACGUUCUUCUGGCACCUCUCAUCUGAUUACGACCUGUUGCCUAUCCCGGAGCUUGCCUCGCGAGCCUCUCAGCUUGAAACUGGUUCUCAAGCCAUGUAUGAGCCCAUGAAAGUAGGACAACAAGUGCAGAAUGAACUCAAGCACAUUGCUCUCAUGACAUGAACCGCUAUUGUUCGUUGGGUAUUUGUAUUUUCAUCUUUGUUAACUUGUGUACUUCUGAGAGAACGGAAUUGUAUGUACGAUGUGCCAGACAGCCUUUCCCGUGAAGAGGGGGAGCAACAAAUGCUUGAAGUUGAAUUCAGU